ACCACCACCCCCCCCCCCCCGACCUCAACAACCCCAUACCCCAGACAAUAUCUGAGAUUAAUUCAAUGAAAAUAUAGAUCAUCGAGAGAGAGAGAGAGAGAGAGGGGGGGGGGAGGGGAAAGAAGAAAAAGCAUUUUAUAAUACAGCAAAAGUGCAAUGAGUUGGUAACAUCUUUGAGAGGGAAUGAGGACGGAGGCAAUGAGGGAGCACAGUUAAAACUAGCUGUUCUCAUUAAAUGAGGCCUGGUUAAGGUUUUCGUGGCAUUUGGAAGAAAAACAUCAUCUGACUGGUGAUCUUCCGUUGACUGUAACACUUCGCAGCUCCAACUCCAAAUGAAUGGCUCCCAGUUGUAUUCAAAACGAAAAUAUUGAGUAAAUGUUUCUGUAAUCGAGAGACAUAAGCACGUCAAGCAAUGCAUAAAGGCUACUGACUGGUCAAUUUGAAGCUUUACAUAUCCUGGCUAAUAAGUAUCCUGUGUCAUGAAACUUACACCAAAUCACGCUCCAUUGUAUGGGGAGUCUGUUCUCUCUGUGCUCUUGGAUGAUGAGCACACAAUCGAAGAGGAUGUAGCCCACUACCUGGUGUUCUCUGGUUCCAGCCAACACCAUUUAACCAGCACACACAGGAUAGACCAGAAUACAUUGCAGACUGUCACUCCUGCUCACAACUGCUGUGAGACAGUGAAAGUUGUGCUGUGUGCCUCCAAGGAAGGAUUUCCCGUCUCUGUGCUGGCAGAAGAGAAUUUCCAGUAUGUACAGGACACUGCGUAUGACAUGGCACAGUUCCUGGUGAGCAGUGCUGGAUCUCAAGAAGCACUCAACGCUAUUAGGAUAAUGGAUAACUUCCGCGUAUCCUCCGACAACGUGGCAUUACUGGAUAAAAAUUUGACUUUGGAGGUGCAACAUCUGGUCUUGCCGUCCAUGUGGAAUGUCCUGGGACCAGACGCCAAGCUGCCAGCUUCCAUCCCUCGGGAAACGUUAAUGCAUUUUGCAGCAAGGCUGGGUUUAUCCAGACUAGCCUCAUUCCUACUACAACAGCCAGGUGGACAAGAGGCUCUUGGUAUCGCCAACCUUGAUGGUGCCACACCCGUUAAUCUUGCAGCACAGAGAGGUUUCCACGGUCUAGAGGAGCUUCUUACACAGCAAAAGCCUGAUGCAGCUUUACCGGGAGACGUAACACCAGUCGUAUCCUCUGAAGACUAUUCUGUGCGCUACCAGCGGCACUUGAACGUUUACAUGUACACCAUCAACAACCCCCAGGGAGCAGAGUGCAACAGCAUGGAACACAACAUCAGUGAACUGCAGAGAUACAUCGAGUCUCACAGAUGCGAAAUGGGUACGCUUUCUACACCAUCCCAUCAGUCGCAGCCCGGACUAUCACAACCUGUUGAAACUGUUGAAAAUUUAAGAACUGAAGAGGGUUGUAAAUCCAAUAGCACCGGCAUCAUUGCACAAAUGCCAGCUGAAAUACCUGCUGAGCAGUCAGCUUGUCUGAAAUCAACCCCACUUGAGAGCAUGCCAGUUGAUGAACAAGAGUUGACUGAUUGGUGUCCUGAGGCAAAAAAUGCAAAGGAUCAAGGAAAUAUCACCGAAAAUAAUAUUACUGAGCCAGAAUUGGAGGAUGAAGCAGCCAGUUCUGAAGCUAUGAGCUUGCACUUGGAGCUGGAAGGACAACAGAAGGAGUCUGGGUUGAUGGUAGACUCUGGGAAUAUAGCAAGUAACGUGCAGAAUGUAUCUGAUGUGGAGUGUGAUAAAAACAGUCUAUCCUGUGAUGAAGCUCAUGUGGAAACUACAAUAUCAUCUGAAGAACUUGAGUCCAGUCAAGUGUGUGUGCUCACUGAAGAUGCUCCGCAAGGGGAAAUGAUGGACAGUGUGAUGAAUGUAGAUAGUGGCAGCCCUGACAAUAAAACAAUAGACUCUGUAACAGGUCUUGAUGAAGUAAAGGUGGAACCUGCUCUGAUUGAGGGAAGUAAGUCCGAAGAGGUCAAAAAUCAUGUUGAAUUGGUCACUGAUACAAAUAUCCUGAGUGAUGAUAGUGGGUCAACAGAGGAAUAUGUCCAGGCGACAGAUUGUCAGCUGAACAAUGGAAGUCCUCCACUCACUGAACAGAUUGCAGAAUUGAAGGUAGAUAUGGAGUUGAGCAAUGAUGAGCCCAGUGCAGAUGUUGAUGGCUCACACUUCGGUGUAAUUAAUGAAUCUAAUGUUGAAGCUGACUUAGAGGUAAAAAGUGAUAAAAUGUUUGCAAAUUCACAAGACUUGAUCUCCGAUUCAGUUAAGGAAUGUGAAGGAGUAAACCACAAAAUGACUGAAGAGGCAGAGACUGCACAGAAUCUCGAAAUGUCUGAAAUGCUUUAUUCAUUGGAUGACAAUAAGGACUAUGAACAGACUUGCCCUACAUCAGAAGGGCUACUUUUAAAUGUCUUAGAAAGUGAACCUGAACAAAAUGAUGAUCAAUUGGAAAUGGACUGUCUUUGUGAUGAUGAGUGGUCUAAACAAGUUGAUGCAUUGCUAGAAACUGCUUCUGAUUCCAGCUUGGGUGAGGACCAUAUAGUGUCAACAGAAAUCCAAUCGAUUGUGGAUAUAAACAAAGGAGCUUCUGAAAGUGAGCAUAUUGAAGUUUUGUUGUCAUCGGAUUGCAGCUCGGAAGAAGAGCCAUCUUGGUUGCCAGCUGCAGUGGAAAGUCCAACUGCACUCAGUGAAGGUGAUGGUCCCCAAGGAGGUAAAAGGACAUUGGCAUUCUUAUCCAAACCUACUGAUGCAGUUGUGUAUCCCCAGAACCAGGAAGUGUUACUUAGUAUAGUUGAGGAACCUGCUGAUUAUAUGGUGAACAGUUCUUCAGAUUCUGAGGAUCAUUUUCAACAAAAUGGGGAGCCUUCAAUUGUAGAUAAGGAUGAUGCCUGGGUGAACGAAGAUAAUGGAUUAGGAAGUGAAGCAAAUGGCAAAAAUGAAAACUUUUUCCUUCAAGAUGAAAAGAUUAACACUAUUCCUUUGGAUACAAAAGCGAUGCAGUAUCCUACUGAUCAAAAAUUUAACACCAUGCUGGAUGCAAAUGGGAAUUUAGAAACAGUUGCUUCGAAAGAAGGGCUACCAGAGGAUGAAGUUGACAGUGUCCAGAAUUUGCCUGAGGAUCUCGCUGGCCUUUUCUCUGAGUUGAUUAGUCGUGAGAGCUGGUGUCCUGAUCCCGCGCUGGUGCAACCAAAACAGAGUGCCAGCACAGCUGGAUAUGACCGGUUGUCUGAGCAACAGUUGGUUGUUGAGUGUACGUCAUCGAUGCCUGUGACUGGGCGUCCUUUGUGCCAUUCAGAUGGGGCGAUCAGUGAUGAGACCACCGAGACUGCUGAACUGUUCAUGACGGUUCAAGAUGGACAGAACGUAGGGUAUGAAAUAAGCGGCGUAACCACAAAUAGUUCAACUAUUGGGGACCCUGAACCCUCCGAGGUGACAGCAGCCCUUGAAGCUGAUGUAUUCUUGCCACCUGGCACUGUCUUGGAAUUGAAAGAGGAUAAUGACAGACGGAGCCUUUCAAGCACUGAGCAUAGGGACAGCAGAGGGUCGACGGGGCAAGUGGAUGGCUGCACUGUAGUCUGUGAAGCUGAAGAGGAGAAGGACAGUGUUGCUGAUGUGCCCACACGAGCUUCCAUCUUCAGGCCAGCAAUAAGGCCGCUAUCGCCCUUCCGACGACACAGCUGGGGACCCGGGAAAAACACAGGCAGCGAAACUGAGAUCAAUCAGCGAAGUUCUGUGAGAAUGCUUGGUGACGUUGUAAAGAGGCCACCAAUUCAUAGAAGAAGUUACAGCCUGGAAGGACUGGUACACGACAACGAGGUGACUAAGGAAACGACGCACACCGUGGAGUCUGUCUUGCGGAAUUCUCGUGACCCUCGACGAGGUCCAAUCGUCAACACUGAUGAGCGUGGAUCUCUCGUCUCACUGACCGAGGAAGAGAUGGAGUCUGACCACAGCGAGGGUAGCGUGUUCGAAAACCCGAAGCUGACGAGGGUACAGCUACAUUCUGCCCCUCUGCUGACUAAAUCCAUUUCAUUGCAAGUCAUCAGCCCACCAAGCACAGACAGUUUAAGAUCAUCCACCAGUAACUCUCUUGGCCCAAGCAUUUCAGAAGAGGAUAAUAGCCAAGUGCCACCAAGUCCAACACGGAAGGAUUCAGAAGGGAAAGGCAGCACUAAAGUGUCUCGAACUUUCAGCUACCUCAAAAACAAAAUGUCAAGUGGGAAACACAAGAACAAAGAGAAAGAGAAAACAAAAGAGAAGGAGGUAAAGGACAAGGACAAGAAAACUGUAAACGGACACGUUUUUACUACAAUCAUAGCAUAUCGUUCUCCGCAAUGUCACCAGUGUAACAAAGCUGUUGCCUGCCGAGAGGCGUACCUCUGUACCAGUUGUAAUGCACAAGUUCACAAGGGCUGCAGGGAUAAUCUGCCCUCCUGUAACAAGAUUAAACAGAAGCAACAAAAAGCCCCUCAGGCCCAGGAUUCUUCAACAUUACCCACUGUUGUCAACAUGAGAAACAAAACUUUCCAACCCAAAGAACGCCCAAGGUCAGCAAUAAUCCUUCAAGAUGACAACCUAUUGAAUGCUCCUAAUAGGAAAAUGCCCCUCUACCGAUCACUGUCCAAGAGUAUGUCGAUAGCCAACAUCGCAGGUCCUGCGAUUGAUGAAACCUCCCUUGCUUCUUGGCGGGUUUUGUCUCAGUCGACUGACUCUCUAAACCACAUAAAACAAGUGACAGAGUCGAUGGAGUCACUGACUGAUGAAGACUCUGCAUUUGUACUCCACGUUCCCACAGGUACAGAUGUCCUGGAUGGGCAGCUGAUGGGAGAAUUUGAGUCGGAUGCUAAAGAGCUGGAAGCGGACUCCUGGAGUCUGGUGGUAGACAACAACUUUGUGUGUCAGCAGAAGAAAGAAGUGAUUAAGCGGCAGGAUGUCAUCUAUGAGUUAAUGCAGACGGAAAUGCACCAUCUUCGAACCCUGAAGAUCAUGUCUGAAAUCUACAGCAAAGGGAUGACAAAGGAGCUGCAAUUUGAAACCUCAACAGUGGAACGUAUCUUUCCCUGCUUGGAAGAUCUGAUUGAUAUUCACACACAGUUCUUCUAUCGGAUUCUAGAGAAGAGAAAAGAAUCCUUGGUAGCAAACAGUGACCGGAACUUCUUUAUUAAAAAGAUUGGUGACAUCUUGAUGAAUCAGUUCUCUGGACCAAGUGCUGAGCGCAUGAAGAAGACCUAUGGGAAAUUUUGUGGGCAGCACAACGAUGCGGUGAAUUUUUGCAAGGAGCUCUUGGCACGAGAAAAGAAAUUCCAGGCCUUUGUCCGGAAAAAAAUGAGCAGUUCCAUAGUUCGAAGAUUAGGAAUCCAGGAAUGUAUAUUACUGGUUACUCAAAGGAUAACUAAGUAUCCAGUGAUAGUCCAGAGGAUAAUACAGCACACCAAAGAAAAUGAUGAUGAUCAUGCUGACCUCACAAAAGCACUGGCAAUGAUAAAAGAGGUGAUUGCAGCAGUGGAUAACAAAGUAAGUGAAUGUGAAAAGAAAACCAGACUCCAGGAGAUCCACAGCAGAACGGAGACCAAAGCAAUCAUGAGGCUGAAGAGUGGCCAGAUGUUUGCAAAGGAAGACUUAAUACGAAGAAAGCUGGUACACGAUGGACCUGUUAUGUUAAAGAAUGCAGCAGGAAGACUAAAAGAAGUCCAGGCUGUAUUGCUUUCUGAUGUGUUGGUAUUUCUUCAAGAGAAGGAUCAGAAGUAUACUUUUGCUGCACUGGACCAGAAGUCUACUGUGGUGCCCCUGCAGAAGCUUAUUGUACGCGAAGUGGCACACGAGGAAAAGGGGUUGUUCCUCAUCAGUGCCGCAGCCCAAGUACCGGAGAUGUACGAGGUACACGCCAGCUCCAAAGAGGAGAGGACUAACUGGAUGCAAAUCAUUCAGCAGACUACAAGCACAAUGGGGCAGGAUGAAGAUGAAGGAAUCCCGAGUGAGUCUGAGGAAGACAGGCGGCAGCUAGAGAGCAGAGCCAAGGAGCUAAAAGAGAAACUGCAGGAAAGAGACCAACAAAUCCUUUCGCUCUUGGAAGAAAAACUGAGACUGUACAAGGAGAUGGCGGAGACCAGUGGGCACGAAGAAGCUUCUCAGAGUCUGAAUACCAGGAACUUCUUCAGAGCAAAUUUAGAGGAUGCCCCAAAGGGAGAGUCACUGCUCAAAGACGCAAUGAAAGAAGUCGAAACUCUGCAGAAUGUCCUGUCUCUGAGCUUUGGAGGUGCUAUCGGACAGCAGACAGCCAGCAUGGCAGAGCAGGAGGGAAUCACGGGCCACAUCUCCUUACCCAGGCGGGCCGAGACCUUUGGAGGCUUCGACAGCCAUCAGAUGAGUGCCACGAAAAAUGGAGAGAAGGAUGAAGUGGAAGAUGGGCAAGACCUUCGCAGAACUGAGUCAGACAGUGUUUUAAAGAAGGGACUGACUUCGAAUCUGCUGCUGCCAAUCAGAAAGAAUGAGUAUGUGCUUCAGAAGGUGUUGAGUCUACAGCAGUUGCUGCUUGGAUUACAGGCUGUUGUGGUGCAACAAGAUUCAUUCAUUGAGGACCAGAAGCAAGCUUUGAGUGAGAGGAGUGAGCGUUUGACCAGAUCGUCCUUGCGGCCCAACUCGCUGAUUGAGCAGGAGAAGCAGCGGAGUUUGGAAAAACACCGUCAAGAGCUGGCAAACCUGAAGCGGCAGCAGGCGCAGCACCUGGAAGAGAAGAAGAAAUGGGAAAGGGAAUGGGAGAUGAGGGAGAAGGAGCUCGGCGAUCAGGAAGGCAGGGUGGCCCUUCUCAAUGCCGAGACAGCGAAGUUACAGAAGGAGGUGGAGAAGCAGAGAGAGGAGCUUCAGUUGAGGAAAGAGGAGUAUCAACAGGACUUGGAGAGGCUGAGGGCCACACAGAAGCAGUUGGACAAGGAGAAGGAGCAGCUGAAGAGGAAGGAAGAGCUGCUAACUCACCAAAGACAGGAUCGCCUUUCACACUCGGAUUCCCUCAGUUCACAGGCUUCAGAUCGGGAGAUUACAACACCAGUAGGCACUUUGACCGAGGGAUCUCCAAGCUUAACAAAGCAUUAUUGUAAUUCAUUAAACCAGGAACGUUUGGACAUGCACCUUACAAAGGAGGACAUGGAGACUUCUCCCAGUCCCCCUUGCAAAGACUCAAAACAAAGCAAUGCCAAGAACCUCGCAAGUCAACCGCGGAACACCACAAGUCCGACAAACAACCCACUCCCACCACGGUUACUCAAGCUCGCAAAACCAAAGGAGAAGAAGUCCAAACACCGUAAGGGCAAAGGUCACCGGUCUGGAAACCUGCCACCCGAGUACAAUCCAGAUGUCCUACCAGCAGCAGACAGCUCAAUGCUGAAUCAGAAAGCACCAGAUAAAAAGCAUCCUGCACCUGAACUACAGGGGAAUGAAGAGGUUUUCUACUGCUGAGCUUUCCUGCUUUAGAGACUAUGUGGAGAUUGGGGAGGGGGUUAGAGAGAGGACUGGAACCCCUCGAGUACUCCAAGGUGUGUGGAUGUCUACAAUUUGUGUGACCAGAUGUGUGUCAUCCACACUGUCUUCCACGUUGCUCUGUGAUGAUGGUAUCGAUGGAACUGCAUGCAUAAAUAAUAUAUAAUAUAUAUUUAAUUGGUACAUCAAUCUCUCUCUCUCUAGAACAAAAGAAUUGAUUGAGAAACAUUGAACAAAAGGACAAAAAACAAAAUCUAGUUAAAUUGAAGUCCAUCUCUGCCAGCAACUUCUGAACCAAAAUUGUAGGCAAAGUUUUAAGAUGCUAUUGGAAACAGAUGCUGAUUAAAUUGGAGUGGAGAAACAAAUUGUUCAGUAUUUCUUGAAGUGGUGCAGUCUUCUAAGGCGUGACAUUUUCACUCGGUAUGUUGUAUGUGUUGGGCAUUGUUCUAAUGCAGGAGGUAUUGUACUUGAGUCGAGCACUGCUCUUGUGCGAUGCUCCUACUUCAGCCCCUCUGAUUUGGCCCACUACCAGCUAGUGACCGCUGUGUUGCCACCAGUACCUCAAACCUGAGAUGCGUUCUCCCAACAUAAAUCAUUCGGGAAGGGCGGCAUAUGGAAUUGGAACACCGAGGGUUUCUUUCUUUUAAAACAAGAGUUCCAGCACAAUAUGAGCGUUUGAUCAAAACACUUUUCUGAAAAGCUAGUAGCAACACUCUGCUCCCUUCUCGCGUUCGUUCCAGACUUAGCUAUUGACUUUGAGGUGGUUGGAGGGGAUUCCUGGCAUUUUUAAACCCACCCCUCCAAAAAUUAUCCAGCCAUUCAUUUUUCCAGUGACUGAACAAACCACUGACUGAAAUAGGAAAGGAGAAUACGAGUAAUGCAGGGCUAGAGAGAUUGAUUUGCCAGCUAAGUGGGUCACUUAGAAUUUCUGGCGUUGGUGUGUGGGAUGAAUUCUCCCCUCUGCGCCAUCAACCUACAUUGUAAAUAAAAUUGCAGUGAGUGCAAUGGUUUUUAAUAUGUGCAUUUCUCCCAUUUGAGGGAGCGAAAGGUUCAUCCCUGAGAUUUUGUUUUCCUUCAAACAUGUUAAUAUUUAAAUCUUGAGGGGAAGAAAUUGUCAAAUAUCGGUGUAAAAUUAAAUUCUGAAUGUAUAAUGUUUUUAAAAGCAGAAAUUGUAAAGCUACAAAGGUGGAAUUAAUGCACGAUGGUUUAUACUUGAUUUUUUUUUCCUAUUGCUUUAAUUUCCAUUCUACUAGAAUGUUAAUUGGGAUAUUUUAAUUGUCUAUGUUUAGAUCAUCUCAUCAUUUUUAACAUUGAUAGUGUCUUCUUUUGGCUGGCCUGCUUAUGAUUUGAUGGGGAAACAUGAGAUGGCGGAGUGUGUAAGGUACUGGCCUUUCAUCUGGAACCUGGGUUCACAUUCAGCCUGGACUGAUGGGGGUCAAAGUCUCUUGAGGCAGCAUUAAAGAGUUCCAUAUGGAAUGAGUUUGGGCAGUCUCAGUCCAGCCCCUGGCACAAAACUGCCUGUAAUUUGGCACUAAAUAGGGAAUCUCACUCUCAGGGGUGUUGGCAUGGUUAGCUGGUGGGAGAAGAUGGAAAAAUGUCACAUUGGCGCCAAAGGGGGAAGCUUAAGACAUAAAGAAAAGGAAGCCUUAUUCUCACCUGAACAUUCUUGAUGCUAGCACCAGUUUCCCAAAAUGGGGAAUGUUCUACUCCACAGCACUAACAACCCUCACCUUGUUGAACACAAACUCACAUUACCACUGAACACCUACAACUUUCUAAAUACGCCUCAUCAAGGGACACUGGACAGUUUCUUCAACACCCUCUGGUUUGUUAGUGUUAAUGUUUGGAGGGAAUGGGGACACAGUAGGAAGUAACUGUAGAGGGACCACAAUCACCAAUUUACCUUUAACCCCUGAUACCUCUAUCUUACUGCAAGGUACCUUAACACUGAAGGAGGGAAGUGCCAGGCUUAAAAUAGAGACCGAGUGAGGUGAAGUGAAGCCACAUGGAGGACACCAACUGAUCAGUUGCUAUUGUGUCCCAGAUGACUUUUGACUUGUGGACUGCUAAUGGUCCCUUUUGGGUCAGGAAUAUAGGAACAGGAGGAGGCCAUUCAGCCCUGAAAGCCUGUUCUGCCACACAAUUGAAUGCAGUUAUUCUGUAUCUUAACUCCACCUUAGCCACUUUGGUUCCUGAACCUUUAAUAUACCCUUGCCUCACAAAAGUCAAAGAAUUGUCAUUAUUCCAUGGUCCACUCCAGACAACACAAGGCCAACUUGAAAGGGGUAUCAUCUCUUAGCAUGGUUUGAUAUCGUGAAGCACUUUAAAAGAGCAAAACUUUUUUUUAAACCUGUACACUGUUGUAAGCUUUCUUACUGCUUUAAUCAGAAAACAAUCAGAUUCCAUGGCUGUGUUAUUCAUCAUCAAUUCCAAAUGCACAUGUCAGGGAAUCAUACCAAGUAGAAGAUGCCAUUUCAGUUAUCUUUUGGACUUCCUCUUGCUCAAGAGGAAAUAGAUGCAUUUUUAUCAAACACAGAAUCCAUAUACAGGGAGAAUACAACCACUGGUGCAAGCUUCUACCAGAUCCUGUGGUCUAGUUUCGAUUUAACAAUCUUAAGAGCUGCUAUUAAUUUUAUAAUUAAAAAAAGUAUAUAGGGUGUUUUUGCCCCUAAGUUUUUGGUGCCUACUUUAUUGCAAUCUUUGCAAGUAAAUUAGAUGUGGUCAUUGCCCUUCAUUUCGGAAGAACGAUGGGUAUUGCUUGUGGAAUGGAGGAUGCAGAGUUCAUCCGCAGGUUACCUGGGGCAGUAUAGAUCCCAUCUGUGUGACUCCUUCCCACCACCCCACAAAAAUACUCCAGAAAUUUCAAUAGGGCUAUUAGCAAAGUUUCUCAGGGAACCCAUUCACAGCAGGUUCUUGUAGGCUCCACACUCCCAAUCCCCGUCCCUGCAAAAAAAAAUUUGAAUGUGGUAUUUCUGAUUACAUUCGCACUUCUCCCCUGAAAGUGAGAGAAGGUGUGGGUGGGACACUGGUUCCAUGGUCUUUGGGUAUCUCCUCACCUAAGUUAUCGUUUCUUUCUUGUCCAAGUUUAGUUUGAUGUGCGAGUAAUUUACCAUGAAGGGCAUCGUAUCCGAGCUCAGUCUGCUCCAGAUCUGAUGCCCAAGUGCAGUUGGGCACACUGUUUGCCGCUGGAGUCACUGCCACAGAGCAAGUGCCCUCCUCUCACACCAUCCCCUCCUUCACCAACCUCAGACUGCUGUAACAUUUACCCUUCUGUCCCACCUUUGACCAUUCAAUACAAACAGAAACAUUUAUUCCCCUUAAAAUAAAUGAAUUGAUUCUGAUUAUUUAAUAAGCACAGUAUGAUGAGAGAUCCUAGGAGCACAGUGUGGCAUAAUCAGGGUGACUGGCCUGCUUAAGUAUCUGGAUAACUAAUUCUGGACCAUUAAGCUCCCAAGAACUUUGUACAAAUGGCUUGCCCCAAUGAAAGGUUGUUGGGGGAAGAAGGGGGGGAAAUGCCAGCGCUGAAGGUGGUGUUGUUUAUCCAGAGGAGUGUUGCUAAAUGUAGCAAAACAGUGCCAGUGGCUACUGGAAUAGGGAAACUAGGAUUAACGCUUGGGCAAUGAUACUUGCACAUCAAGAGAAGCGAUAAAACCACUCGAGCCUGUGGUUAAUUUCCUGGUAGUUGUGUGGAGCCUGGGCUAUCAAUCCCUACUGUGUUUUUACUUAAAGAGUAGCCUGUGAUAUGCGCUCUAUUGCAACACUCACAUCAGUGUGGAUUUUAGUUCAUUGUGGGAGGGUAACAAAUAUUAUACCAAAUACUUGCCAAUUUUAAAAUCAGAAACUGGAAAUACAUGGCAGGUUUGUAAGCAUCUGUAAAGAACAAAGACGGGUUAACACAAAUGCAAAUUUAAAUUGUCAAUUCUGUUGAUGGGUCUUUACUCAUUUCACAUCCUGAUUAACGUGUCCCCUCCAGCAUUUUGUUUGUUCUGUGGAUUUCAGUGUUCUCUAGUUUUUCUCUUUAACUUAGAACCCAUGUUUGGAGUAUCCAAAAAAAAAGAGCUGACUAUAUAUCUACAGGAUUGGCAGACUUAGUUAAAAUGGGUAAUAUUUUCAUUUGUAAACAGCUACCAAUAGGUGCAAUUAUAUCUGUCUUGUUUUAAGAUGGCGCCUUAUCAAAUUACACUGUCCUCCUUGUACAGCAGAACACGAGGGGUUUCUUUGCCGCUCCAUGCUGCUGUCAUCGUUUUGGGCAAUGUUCUAAAGGAGUGAGAACUCCUGAUUAUUCAUGAGCUCAUCUCUAUCAAAAGCUGCAGUCCAGCUAUUAACCAUUCUGACUUUGAAAAUCUUCAUCAUUAUUGUACACUGGUUAACCUGUUCAUAUUAGAUUCCUGUCUGUAUUAAUUCAGCACAGUUAAUCUGUUUGAUUUUGUGACUUUUGAAAUAGCACAGACAGAAAUGUAAUACUAACAUAUUAACCAUUAGAGAUAGCGCACAGAGGAAUGUAACCCUAAGGUGCUUAUUUUUAAUCUGUUUUGAUUAUUUUUUGAUAGACAGGCGAGAUUUUUAUUUGAGUUCUGAAAACCUUUACUUUUUUUUUUAGUAUUUCUACCUUCCUGUGAAGUCCCAGGACAGGGAUUUUACCUCCUUUUGUGAUCAUUUUCCAUGUGAAUUUUUAACAAGUGUUUAAUGCCUCUCCCUCCCUGUGUACUGUGAGUUUGGUAAAUGCAUACCAACCUCCCCCUCCUCACCAGUUCAUGUAUAAUCUUGGACCAUCAGCCAGUUCCUAAAGGGCUACUAGAUACUGAGAAGACUUCGUCGGGUCAUAUUCUAACUCACUCAAAACCCAUCCACUUACAGAGUGAAAAAAAAAUCAGGCCUGUUAUGUUUCUAGAAAAGGUGACACUCCCCGUGACCCCGACUCUCGGGAGUGCUGUCGAUCCAGUCAGGUUUUGAACUCUCCCAGACCUCUCCUAAACCAGCGGGCACCAAACUUCCUAACAGAGAUGCCGAUCAUUCACCAGUGCUAGUAAAGGGUCUCUGCACUUUCAACAUCCCCUCGAGCCCCACCCCCAGUUUCUCCACACUGUUUCAAACCGCUUGAUUCAGACGCGCCUGCCUUGUACUGAAAACAUUUAUGCACUAACUGAAUUGUGGACGUGCUCAGGAUGUCUCUCAAGCAUUUUAUAUACCUCUCUGCUUUCAAAAAAAAAAAUUCCUGAGGGUAAACAAAAAAAAAUCUACUUGUACGAAGGUACACCUUGUAUUUUUCUCGAUUUUGUGUACAAAAAAAAUUAUAAGGGUGAAAACCUAAUUAUUUUAUCUAUGAUGUAAUUAAUGUAUAAAAGUGGAAACUGUAAACAUAGUUUCAUUUCUGUAAUGUUUCCGUGAUCGCUGGUAGCCUUUUUGUAAUUAAACCUUUAUUUAUCAUCAUUUUCCCGUAAUAGAUUAUAAGCCAAUGUAAAUUUCAGUUCCCCCACAAUAAACAUUUACACAAUAGA